ACGAUGGUACUGUUCCUUUGAUUUGUGAAUCAGAAAUAGUACAAUUGUUUGAAAUGUCCCCCGAUAAAACAGUUCGGUUUCGUGUCACAAUUGAAAGCAAGCAACAAAGCAAUGAGAGCAAUCAAGGUGUUCCUACCAAGGUUGAUGAGAUGGAUGAUGAGUUGCCUCAUGCUCCAUUCUUUGCUUGGCCUAAGCAAGCAUAUGAUGGGGAGUUUGAGGAUGAUGAGCCUGUGGGCAAUGACGAUGAAGAGGAGGCUACAAAUCAUCAUGAAACUGAGCCGAAGGUAAAGAAGCUUCCAUUUGCACAUACUUGUGAAACUUCCAACAAUUGUGACAAGAAAGUGAAAGGUAAAGAGAAAGGAAGAAUGGCAAAUAAGGAUUGGAUUGCUGAUAAAGCCAAUGAGGAUGUCACACUUAGUGCAAAGGCUCUUAAGGAUCAGUUGCAAAAGAAAUAUAAUCUGAAAUUGCAGUAUGCCAAUGUGUGGAAAGGGAGAGAUCGUGCAAUAGGGGAAUUGAGUGGUACAUAUAAAGAGCAUUUUCAGCUGUUGUGGAACUUCAAGGCAAAGUUGUUGGCAGUCAACCCAGGAAGUGUAUGUGAAAUAGACAUGAAAGCAGUUGUUAAUAAGAAAGGUGAGAGAAUGUACUUCUUCAAUCGGUUGUUUUUUUCUUUCAAGCCAUGCAUUGAUGGGUUUUUGGGAGGCUGUAGACCAUAUUUGGGAGUUGAUUCAACAUUUCUCACUGGGAAAUACACUGGACAGCUGGUUGCUGCUAUUGCUGUUGAUGGACAUAGUUGGAUGUUUCCGUUGCAUUUGGAAUUUUUGAUAAGGAGAACACAGAAAAUUGGAUCUGGUUCAUGCAACAAUUAAAGUUGUGCAUUGGUGAGCCAGAAGGGCUUGUAAUCCAUACAGAUGCAUGUAAAGGGUUGGAGAAUGCCAUAAAAGAAGUGUACCCGAACUGUGAGCAUAGGGAAUGCAUGGUUCAUCUCAUGCUCAACUUCAAGAAGAAAUUCAAGGAGCUAUACUUGAUAACAUGUGGCCUGCAGCUUGGACCUAUGAAGUUGAGAAGCAUGAGUUCCUAAUGGCAGAGAUAAGUGUUGCUAGCUCAGCAGCAAUAGCCUACUUAAAGGAGUAUCACAACCGCGUGUGGACUAGAAGAAAGUUCUCACCAAUAUGCAAAGUUGAGUAUGUCAGCAAUAAUUUGGCGGAAGUGUUCAAUAAUUGGAUUAGGCAGGUGAAGCAGCUACCAAUCGUGGAUCUUUUGGACAAACUUAGAGAAAUGGUGAUGCAAAUGAGAGAAAGAAGGAAAAUGGUUGCAGAUGGGCUGCAAGGUACCAUAC